AUGGCUGAGGAAGGAGAGGGGAGGGGCCGCUUUGUGGCCUACCUCAGGAAGGUUACGAGAUCGGAAGACUUAAAGUGCCUUUUCAGGGCAGAGGCUACGAGUGACCAAGGCACUGAGAUCAAACCACUGGAGGAGGAAACAUGGUUCUUCAAAGAAUUGAGUGGCAAAGAGGCAGAGAGAAUAAUUCUCGAACCAGAAAACAAAGAGGGAUCUUUCCUGAUCAGACAGAGCCAAUCGAGGAAAGGUUGCUAUGCUUUACUGGUGAAGCACUGGGAUCCCGAGCUGGAUUUUAGAGUCAUGUCCUACAAAGUAUCAUCCAGCCCCAGUGGCUAUUACAUCAAUCCACGGGUCAAGUUUAUCAGCCUACCAGAGCUAGUCAAGUAUUACCACAGAAAUGUGGAUGGUCUGUGCCAAAAGCUAGCAAGCCCCCCGCUCAGAAAGUCUCAAAGUAUUUCAGAAAUGGAUGGCUUUGAGAUUCCGAGGAGUUAUGUUAUUCUGGAAAGUAAACCGGAAGUUGGACAUUUCACAGAAGGCAGGAUGAGGUUGAAUGGCAGCAAUGUCAGAGUGUUGGUGAAGGUGCAGAGUGUGGACAAGACUCCAGACAAAGCCUUCCUCAGGGAGGUCAGCAUUCGUAAAGCUCUUCAACAUAACCAACUGGUCCAGCUUCUUGCGGUGGUGACACAAUCACAGCCCAUGCUCAUCAUCACCGAAUUCAUGAGCCAAGGGAAUCUGAACAGUUACUUGAGGAGUGACUUUUGUAGGCAGUUAGAACUGGUGCUGCUGAUCGACUUUGCUGUACAGGUUUUGGAUGGAAUGCUUUACAUGGAAGAGAAUGGGUAUGUGCACAGGGACCUGAGAUCCGCAAACAUUCUUCUAACUGGUAACCUGGUGUGCAAAAUUGGAGAUUUCAGCCUCGCUCAGAAACUGAAAGAACAGAGAUACAUCAUCCUGAAAGAUGAAAAGGUUGCAGUUAAAUGGACUGCACCUGAAGUCUUCAGAGAGGAAAUACACACCACAAAAUCUGACAUCUGGUCCUUUGGGAUUUUCUUGAUGGAACUGGUCACUUUUGGACAGACACCAUACCCAGAACUUAUUUUGGUUGCAAAAACCAUAGCCAUGGGAAAUGCAAGGUUACUGGAAUACGGUCGGGGAUUGGGUCUGGUGGGUUAG